AGGCUGGGCCGGGCGCGCGCAGACACCGCGCAGCCGGACGUGAGCGCGCGACCUGGCGCCACCGCCUCCGCGCUCGUGUCCGGGACCCGCGGGGACUCCUCCGGGUUCCCCGGCGCCGCUGGGCUCCCGGGCGGCCGGCAGGUGCAGCGCGGCCGCGCGGCUGGCGAGGGGAGCGCCUCGGCGGCGGGUGGAUGAGAGUUGGCCCCGAUCUCCGCGCAGGGGACCCCGACCGUCAUGUUAAGGUAAAGCAGAGGGGCUCAGUGCUGAACAUGCUAAGGAGGCUGGACAAAAUCAGGUUCAGAGGUCACAAGAGAGAUGACUUCCUCGAUCUAGUGGAGUCUCCAAAUGCCUCGGACACCGAAUGUGGAGACGAAAUACCCGUGAAGAUACCUCGGACCUUGCCUCGGGACAGCGAGGAGCUGAGGGACCCUGCUGGUCCAGGGACCCUCAUCAUGGCUGCGGGAGUCCAGGACUUCAACAGGACGGAGUUUGAUCGAUUAAAUGAGAUCAAAGGUCACCUGGAAAUAGCCUUAUUGGAAAAGCACUUCUUACAGGAGGAGCUCCGAAAGCUGCGAGAAGAAACCAAUUCGGAGAUGCUGCGGCAGGAGCUGGACCGGGAACGGCAGCGGCGGAUGGAGCUGGAGCAGAAGGUCCAGGAAAUGCUGAAGGCCAGAACUGAGGAGCAGACAGCUCAGCAGCCUCCGAAAGGACAGGCCCAGGUCAAUCACGGAGCAGACCGGCAGAGCCAGGGGUUGUGCCCCCGACUGCAGAGGUGGCUCCACGAGAAGUUCGGGGAGUAUGCAGAGGAUUUCCGAUUCCAGCCCGAGGAGAGCACCGUGGAGACGGAGGAGCCGCUCAGCGCCCGGAGGUUAACUGAAAACAUGAGGCGACUAAAGCGCGGCGCCAAGCCCGUCACCAGCUUCAUGAAGAACCUCUCUGCCUUAUCCGACUGGUACUCUGUCUACACGUCUGCCAUCGCCUUCACGGUGUACAUGAAUGCUGUGUGGCGCGGCUGGGCCAUCCCCAUGUUCUUAUUUCUAGCAAUUUUGAGAUUAUCCCUCAAUUACCUCAUAGCCAGGGGCUGGAGGAUCCAGUGGAGCAUUGUGCCCGAAGUGUCUGAAGUGGUGGAACCGCCAAAGGAAGACCUGACCGUGUCUGAGAAGUUCCAGCUGGUUCUGGAUGUUGCCCAGAAAGCACAGAACCUCUUUGGCAAGACGGCUGACAUCCUGGAAAAGAUAAAGAACCUGUUCAUGUGGGUCCAGCCUGAGACCACACAGAAGCUGUACGUCGCGCUGUGGGCCGCCUUCCUCGCCUCGUGCGGCUUCCCCUACCGUCUGCUGGGACUAGCCGUGGGACUCUAUGCUGGCAUCAAGUUUUUCCUCAUCGAUUUUAUCUUCAAACGCUGCCCGAGACUUCGAGCCAAAUAUGACACUCCCUACAUCGUCUGGAGGAGCCUCCCCACAGACCCCCAGCUCAAAGAGCGCUCCGGCGCCUCUGUAUCCCGCAGGCUGCAGGCAGCCGCCUCUCGGAGCUACGUCUCCAGUGCGCCAGCCGGCCUGAGUAGGGACGAGGACGCUGGGCGCUUCCACGGCACCAAGAAGGGCAAUUUCCAUGAAAUCUUUAACUUGACAGAAAAUGAGCGACCACUGGCCGUGUGCGAGAAUGGCUGGCGCUGCUGCUUGAUAAACAGGGACCGGAAAAUGCCCACAGACUACAUCAGGAACGGGGUCCUGUACGUGACCGAGAAUUACUUGUGCUUCGAAAGCUCCAAAUCCGGCUCUUCCAAGAGGAAUAAAGUCAUCAAGCUGGUGGACAUCACAGACAUCCAGAAGUACAAGGUCCUCUCAGUCCUCCCGGGCUCAGGCAUGGGGAUUGCUGUGUCCACACCUUCAACCCAGAAACCGCUGGUGUUUGGCGCCAUGGUGCACAGAGAUGAGGCCUUCGAGACCAUCUUCAGCCAGUACGUGAAAAUCACCGCAGCGGCCGCCUCUGGAAGUGACAGCUAGUGUUGACUCUGCUGGGGCGUUGCUGGGAGCAGUGGUGGUGGUUUUUGUUUUUUAAACAGUUCGGUAGUGGAAAAGAAAUCGGACAUCCUCAUGAUCUUUUGCAAUAAUUCCCCUCCAUCCGUGAUUUCUGUCAUGUUGACCCUGCUUUUGACAGACCCCUUGGCACAGGGGUUGGCCCUCAAGUGGUGCCAGCCCCCCUGAUGGGUGAGGCACAUCCCACCAACACCUGUGGGCACGGAGGGCAGAGGGUCCUCAGAGGUCCCUGAGAGGACGGCGCACGGAAUGCGCAUCGCCGUGGCUGCCACCGAGCAGAGCUGCUCCUUCUGUCCCCACCUGGACAGAGCCCCUGCACCAGCCAUGCAGCCCAGCUCUGCGGAGACCAGCUCUUCCAUGCCCAAGCCAUAGCCGAGAGGGUCUGCAGUCCCCCUCGGGGGCACCCUCACCCGCCGCCCCCGGUGGGCCAGCCUGUCUCCCUUUGGUGAGGCCUUCCUUGCCGCGGUCCUUGGAGGGAGGCCUGCGGGUGGUGCCAUGUGGGCUCCCUUACACUCUGCGCGGCCUUCUGUGAGGACAGCGAGGCUGGCCGGGAGGGCCUCAGGGUCAGGCCCGGCCCCAUCACCGCAUGGCUGCCGGCGAGGGCAGGCAGUGGCUUAUGGGUGGAAGCAUGUCUUUUUAACAUUUUGCUCUUUGGACGGUCCUGGGGGACAUCUGCCAGGGCUUAGGGGGGCACUGCGACCCUCGGUUACUCUCAGAUCAACACCUGCUGGGGCGCGGCUGGUGUCUCCACACAGCCAGCUUGGUGAGGGAGGGGUGAGCAGGGCCAACAGGAGUCCUAGGCCCGUGGUGGCCACGCUUGUGGACGGCCUGCCCGUGUGGCUGCACAGAGAGCCUCGGGAGGCCACCGGCGUGGGGAGUGACCAUGAGCAGACCCAGAGGUUUGGGGUUGGGCAGUCCGACCCCUGGUGUCUGACCCUGUUGCUCCAGCACGGCAUGUGGGCCGGCACACACGGGGACCACCCUGCUCCCCCGGUGCCAGCGCGGCUGCCCUGCAGGCCCAGCUCACUACGGACCAGCCCGAGAGCCCAUGUAGUUGGGACAGGCCUGUGACCUUUGUGAAGGAUGCGUGGUCCCCAUGACCACCCUGCCGGUCGGCACGCUGUCCAGCUCCGGUCACUCCUGCCCUUCGGCUUCUCCUGAGUCCUUUAGGUGUUGUUGAGAUUGUUGUUUUUUGAAGAAACAGAAGAUUAUAUUUUUUACAGAGAGCAAGCUGUUUUUCUUAUUUUUGUAUCAUUUUUCAGAUGUAAUUUUUACUUCUGCUCCAACCCUAAUUUGCUGGUUUGGGUGAGAUCUGGUGGCAUGGCUUGUGACCCCCUCCCCAGGGGUGGGCCUGGGGUGUGACCGGGGGCGGGGCACACCACCAGCUAAGUCAUGCGCACACCCUGCCCGGUCAGUGGGCGCCGAGGGCACUGUGCCACCCAUCAGCCCCAGCACACCAGCCUUGGCCUUGGUAAGGCAGAGCCCACUCCGCUUCUUGGCGCUGGCCCCGCGGUCAGUGCAGACGGACCGGCCCUCGGCUCCACGGAGCCCUCGGCACACCUGGGGGACACAGAGCAGAGUGGGUCCCAACCUGCCCCCAGGGACGGCCUCAGGGCUGACGCCCACCAGUCCUGCCUAGCGCCCUCCCCGGGGCUGCCGAGGGGAGGGCACGGACCUCUGAGCAUGGCGGGGCCGGGGCUGAUGGUUUAGUUCGAGUCCCUUCUGAGAAAGGGAGAUGAAAACUGCCACGCACUGGGGUGUGGCUGCCGAGCUCCCGCCCGGGGAGGGCUGAGGGUGCCGAGCAGGGAGGGGCCGGCCCCGCGUGCGGGGUCCACUGCAGGCCGGCUCUUGGCCCAGGACAAGUGUGGACCUGCGCAGGCUCUGGGCUCCCCGGCGGUGGUAGCCAGUUUUUAUUGCAUUGUGUGAAUCUGGCAGAUAUUUAAUUUCUAUGACUAAUCACUGAACUACAAUGAAUGUUAAAUUUUUUAUGUCUGAAGCUUGAGUCUAUUUUGGAUCUGUAAAUAAUCAUUACAAGUGUAACUUUUGUUCAACAAAAGUAUUGUACUGUACGAAGAAUCGAUGAAAAAAAUCCCCUUGUAACAUUUUUUUAAGAAAACCAUGUUUGUUUAGAGAAAAAGUCUUGUAUAAAUUAUAGUUUUUAUUUAAA